CACCAAACCCCAGUCCACAAAGUUGACCCUAAACAUCACAACUAAAAUUCCAACUUCUCCACUAAUCCUUGUGAUCUCUCUAUAAACUCCAAACUCAAACCAUACCCUAACAAAGUAACAACAAUCUCUUUAGUUUGCAGUUUUGAACAGCAACCACUAGAAAAUGGCUUCAGAGCAUGGAGAAGAAGUGAAGGUAUUGGGGAAAUGGAGCAGCCCAUUUAGCAACAGAGUAGUUCUCAGUCUCAAACUGAAAGGAGUUGCAUACAAAUACUCUGAGGAAGACUUUGCCAACAAGAGUGAUGACCUACUCAAGUACAACCCCAUUCACAAGAAGGUUCCAGUUCUGAUCCACAAAGGAAACCCAUUACCCGAGUCACUUGUCAUCGUUGAAUACAUAGAUGACACGUGGACAAACAACCCCCUCUUGCCUCAAGACCCUUAUGAAAGAGCCUUGGCUCGUUUCUGGUCUAAGACCUUAGAUGACAAGAUCUUGCCUGCUUUAUGGAAUGCAUGCUGGAGUGAUGAGAAGGGGCGUGACAAAGCAGUAGAGGAAGCCUUGGAAGCUUUGAAAAUCUUGCAGGAGGCACUCAAGGACAAGAGGUUCUUUGGAGGAGAAACCAUUGGAUUGGUGGAUAUUGCUGCCAAUUUCAUUGGUUAUUGGGUUGCCAUAUUGCAAGAAAUUGCAGGGUUGGAGUUGCUUACCAUUGAGAAAUUUCCAAAGUUAUAUAAAUGGAGUCAAGAGUUUGUUAACCACCCUGUGAUCAAAGAGAGCCUGCCUCCUAGAGAUAAAUUGUUUGCUUUCUUCAAGGCUUCUGCUUCAAAGUAGAACCACUAUAGAGGGACCAAAAUCUUGUUCUGUUUUUAAUUUGCUGCGGUUUGCUUGAGGGUGGCUGUUUCAGUUGCAACUAAGAAAGUGUUCUGUUUUGUUGCUUCAUUUAUCAACUAAAUUGGAGCAAGAUAAGAAGUGGCACAAAUGGGUGUGCGUUGUAGGAUUUUAGGUGCAAGAGGAAUAUGAUUGAACCUGUUAUAUUUCAAUAUUAUCCUGUUAAAGGACUAAA